CAUACUGUAAAUGCCUGUGCAUAAUGUGCAUAACAAAGCAUCAUUAUUUUCAUUAUCUUCAAAGGAUUUCUGUAGAAGCAGCCUUUAUUUUCAGACUCUGCAGGCCUGCUGGGAGGAAACAUAUUACAAUAAACAGAAGAAGCUCAUGGUCCACUAUCUGCUGCUCCAGAGUCAAGGCCAGGUCCCUCCCCAUGUCACCACGGAGCACAUGAGCAACUGGCUGGUGUCUCAGGGCAAAAAAUCUCUUAGGGAGAGGGUGUGGAAGGAAACCCUGGAGGAAGGAAACGACCUCGCUCGGCUGGCCUGGGAAGUAAACACUUGCCUAAAAAUGAUGAACAUAGAGCACGAGGCUUUCUGCAAGCUCCGCCGCUCCAUGCACCCCACCUCGCCAGCUGACAUCGAUCCAAAGGUCCACAGCAUCGUGGAGAAAGCUGUGAGAAGCAUUCUGGGCGAGCAGUCCAAUGAGCCCCAUAGCAACCUGCUCAGCCCAUCUCAGGUGGUGGUGGAGGUGGUGCCCAGGCUCCUCCUGGCCCUGUGGCUUCAGCCAGAGGAAGGCCAUUCAGAGCACCCAAUCCUAAUAAUGGCCGUGGGCAUGGUGGCGGCCGUAGUGGAGAAGCUCUCCUGCAUGUUAAAGGACCCAUCCCCUCACAUCCCUUUCUCCCGGGCUGCUGCUUUUGACUCUGUGCGGUCGAUCCUCGGGAGAAUCAGUCAGUCCUUCUCCACCGAUGACCUGCAGAGCCCUUUUUAUAUGAGCUCUGUCUGUGGCUUUGUGGCUGACGAGGUGCAGAGCUGCUUCCAGCCCCCUGCAGCCACCCUACCAGUCCCCCCUGUGCUCACGGUGGCCGUUUCCACCACACUACCAGCUGGCAUCCAAGCAGACCCGGCUUCUUCCCACCUGGAGGUUGAGGACAUCACCCCUAAGACAGAGGCAGAUCCGGCUUCUUCCCACCUGGAGGUUGUGGACAUCACCACUAACACAGAGGCAGAUCCGGGUUCUUCCCACCUGGAGGUUGAGGACAUCACCCCUAAGACAGAGGCAGAUCCGGGUUCUUCCCACCUGGAGGUUGAGGACAUCACCCCUAAGACAGAGGCAGAUCCGGCUUCUUCCCACCUGGUGGUUCAAGACAUCACCACUAACACAGAGGCAGAUCCGGCUUCUUCCCACCUGGAGGUUCAAGACAUCACCACUAACACAGAGGCAGAUCCGGCUUCUUCCCACCUGAAUGUGGUGGACACCACCCCUAAUACAGAAGCAGAGCCCAUCUCUUCCCUCUUGGAGGUUGUGGACGUCACACAUGAAGAAAGGAUUCUCACGAUGGCCGUCUUCGCCACUCUGCCAGCUGACAUCCAAGCAGAGGAUGUUGCUGUGGUCAUCCCGGAUGUCACCCCACACGUCACCAAGGAUGUGACACUGGAUGUUCCAUGCAGAGCUAGGAAAGGGGCAGUCCGGCGAUUAUUUUGCAGGCUUUGGAGGGCAGUGUGCUGCUGCGCCUGCCACAAGGAAGAGGAGGAACAAUAUUAAUUAUUCAUCACACCUGCAGAAAAGGGAUUGAACCAUAGAGCAUUAAAUUAUUCACAUUAUAAUUGAACUCAAUUCUGAUUUUCUUCUGUUUACUACUUAAUUUCUUAACUUUUCUAUAAACUUUCACUUUGCAAGUGUGGACUAGGUUGUGUAAAUAAGUGGGACACAUCCCAAUGUUGAUGCUUUGAAUAAUUUACUUUGUACAUUUAAAAAAAACAUGUCUUAUUUGACAACAAAAAUGGAGGGCGCUCAACCAACGUUGAGUUGAGGUGCAACCAAAUAUUUGAAUCAUCAUAGAAAAGGAAAAAGCCCAACUCUUGCUCACUAUAAAAAAUGCAUUGUUUUAUUCAAGCAAGGUUAAAAGAUUAACGUUUCGGCCUAGUCUUUGACAAUAUGCAAGUUCUAUUUGCCCAGUAAAAGGGUGACCCAGACUCACCCUGGUUCUUGGGGGUUGAAGACAGUGAAAAAUGAUCAUUAAGUAAAUGGGACUUUUCAAUUCUUGAAUAAAAAUCUUUAAUGAACAUGAAUUUAAAUAAAAUUGACUUGAGGAUCAGAGCAGGCAGGCUGACUGGCUAGCGCUGAAAGCCCUCUGCCUCUAACUCUGUGCGGUUCAUCUCAACCAA